AAUCUCCCGCGUUCCAAGUUAAGCGGAAAUAGAAAGCCUUCUUUUCUCUAUUUAAGCGCGCCAACAAAGACUAUCGUAAGGGGUCUUUCUGUACUUUAAUCACAGAAUAUCAGACCGUUGUUUUUCUUUUGUCCUUUUCCACAGUCUAUACGGCCUUUCUGAAGAUAUGCCAGAGGAAACGUCCGCCGCGUCGAGCUCUGAGAGCUCAGAGGAGAAGCCAUGCUCAUCGACAGCUGCUCCGGCAGACAGCUCAGUUGACGUUAUGGAGGAGGCAAAGAAACUGAUUGGCACAGGGAACAGGCAUCUGGUGAUGGGGGAUGUUGUUUCUGCUGUCAGUGUCUUCCAGGAGGCCUGCAGCAUGCUUGCUGAAAAAUAUGGGGAUACUGCAGAUGAGUGUGGUGAGGCCUUUUUCUUAUGUGGGAAAUCCCUGCUGGAGCUUGCCAGGAUGGAGAACACUGUCUUUGGCAAUGCCCUGGAGGGAGUCCCAGAAGAAGGGGAGGAAGAGGAGCAGCCCAGCAAUUCAAAUGUUGAGAGUGCAGACAACCUUGAUGAUGAUGAUGAUGAUGAGGACGACGAUGAUGAAGAAGAUGGAGAGAAAAAUGGACAGGAUAAGGAAGAAGAGGAAGUUGGGAAUUUGCAGUUGGCAUGGGAAAUGCUUGAAGUGGCUAAAGUCAUCUACAAAAGAAAGGAAAGCCAAGAGGACCAGCUGAUGGCAGCUCAGGCAUAUCUGAAACUUGGAGAAGUCAGUGCUGAAUCAGGUAACUAUCCCCAGGCACUCGAAGACUUCCAGGAGUGUCUCACCCUGCAGCUGAAACACUUGCCUCCCCAUAGUCGUCUGCUGGCAGAGACCCACUACCAUGUUGCUACUACACUUUGCUAUAUGGAUGAGUACAGCCAGGCCAUCCAGCACUACAACAGCUCCAUAAAAGUCAUUGAGACCCGUCUGGCCAUGCUGCAGGAGGUGAUAGAUGCAGCAGAAGGAGCAGAUGGAGCAGCAGAGGAGAAAAAUGAGCUGGAAGAGCUGAAACUGCUUUUGCCUGACAUCAGGGAAAAAGUGGAGGAUGCCAAGGAAAGCCAGAGAACAGCCAGUGCUGCCUCACAGGCCAUCCAGCAGACACUAGGUGGUGCCUCAACUUCAUCAGCAUUCCUUUGUGAAAAUGGCAGCACUUCAUCGGCAGCUUUUGCAACAACCAGUCAGGUUUCAGUUAAAACUGACAGUGCCUCAUCUUCCAAAGUGGUCUCGGACAUCUCUCACCUUGUAAGGAAAAAGAGGAAACCAGAGGAGGAGAGCCCAGUAAAGGACACUGAUGCUAAACAAGCGAAACAGGAAGCCACAGUUAAUGGCAGCGGUGACUCUAGUGCCAGCAACGGCAAUGGAGUCCAGGAGGGAAAAUCACAGGAGUCUGCCACCCAGUCUGCAUCUGUCGAGUCCCCGGCGUGACUGUCUUCACCUUUUUCCUGAUUUCAGAAACCAGCACAGCAUGCCUGUCCAGCCCCUGUCCACCUUUCAGCACUCUUGUCUCUGUAAAUAAUAUCCAUUUUCGUAGAUUUGUCUGUCAAGUUUUUCUAUACUUGUAGUAAAAGGAAAAAAAUUAAAAGAAUCUGCAGAUGUAA